AUGUUGAUUCGUUGUGUUAGGGCUUUCCGUGUGCCUGUGAGACGUGGAGGGCGCAAGAGGCCUGUUCCCAAGGGUAUUGUCUAUGGUAAACAAACCCACAAACCAGGGAGUGACACAGCUCAAAUUCCAGCGCAGACUCUUACCUACAAGUACUAUGAGAGAGUAUACUUGUGGACCCUGCAAACAAUGCCAUCCGAAAUGAUCCGAGAAUCAACUGGAUCUGCAACCCAGUGCACAAGCACAGAGAACUCAGAGGGCUCACCUCAGAAGGAAAGACGAAUUGCGGUCUUCGUGGAAAGGGCCACAAGAACAGACCUUCCCGCCGGGCUACCUGGAAGAACAAUUCUCUAUCUCUCCGCCGAAUUACAUUGGGAUGUAUAA